GACGACUCAUCCACAUUGCCUAGACACUAUCGCUCGAAGCUCUUCCUAAACAGGACUAUUUGGGACUUUCACCCCGCAAAAACAAAGAUGAAUUCGGUGUGUUUUGCCGCGCCUCUUUCCAAUACCAUGAACACUGUGUUCCAGCAGUCCAACAGCAGCCCAGCUUCUCUGUGGAGACCGUGGCUGGUGACCAGAAAGGAUGCACACACAGAAUGCUGGAGAACCAAGCUGGCUUGUCCCUACACCAGGCCAGCAGAACCCAGUAACAUUACAACAGAUGGAAAAACACAGUCUUUCCAACACCCUGUCAGGCUGUAUUGGCCCAGAUCAAAAUCCUUUGACUACCUCUUUAGUGAUGGCGAAGCUCUGCUCCGAAAUUUCCCUGUGCAGGCCACCAUUAACUUCUAUGAUGAGUCAGACAGUGAGGAGGAGGAGGACAGCUGUGAUGAAGAUGAUGACAGCGACACCGAGAAGUGUCUUAAACUCAACCGUCAUUUCAACAGUUACAACUGAGAGUUCAAAUUUGGCCAUGCGAUUCUGUGACUUUAAACUGGGGAAGCUUAUAAAUUCAACAUCGACACUGGAUAAUACCACGUCAAGCUCUAUUAGAAAAGUCUCUCCAUCAAUAAUUCAGUGCAUGGACAUGUCUUCCUCUUGAGCAUGCAAAGCACAACAAGGGAAAUUUUACUGAGAUUGAUUGUUUUAUCCCAGAAACCUCAAUCACACUGUCUGAACAUUUUCCCCAGAACAGAACCGAUAAGUCUAGCAUAAAAUUAAUUUCUGUUGGAAACAGCAAAAAAUUCAAUCCCACAUUGGGAAAUGUUGUUUCGGAGCUAUCUCAGGGUCCUUAUCUUUUUUUUGUACAUAAAAUUCUAUUUGUAUUCUAUUAUUCAACCUUAACUUAUGAUGUAUGUACAUAAAUUGUAUGUAUA